AUGCUCACCUAUCCCCAAGUUCCAGUAACUGAAGGAACCCACGUUGAGGUUCCUUUAUGCGAGAAGGGCGAUCAACGCAUGCAGGCGAAUGCUGGCAUCAAGCUUUUCAUCGUCACUGCUCAGCGAUCAAUUUUCGAACUGUUCACGCAGAACAUCCUCUACGACCCAGCGAUCAUGGGGUCAGUCAUUGGCAUGGAGGACUAUUCACUCCAAGGUGCUGUUCCUGUGGACCCGGCUAGCACAGCCUACACACUUCGUGACGAUGAUCUCCUUGUGGCCGCUAUUAUUCAAUACAAGCCCGACUCCAGGCUUGACGACUUCGCCAUCAACUGGGCUUCGCAGACCUGUGACCUUUGGAAGAAAGGCCAGCCCACCCGAGCUUCCACUGAACAAAAGGAUCGUACCUGCAACACUUCCGAAGAUUAUUACAUCACCAAGAAGGCAUGUGGCUGA